UGUGCAGCGUUUAUUUCACGUGUUUAAUUGGUCUGCGUUAAAGUUUGUGUCAGGAAUAAUGAAGAUCCGCAGGGAAUGCGCUCAACCAAGACUUGAACGUGACGUUGGCAGAUCUUCGGCCAGUUCCUCCCGCAGCGUCAUAACAGUCCGAUGCCACGCGUUUCUUCUUAAAUCAUCGUUCCUGGGAUAGUAAAUUGCUCCGGAUGGACGCGCGCGCGUGCGUCGCGGCGCUGGUGUGACUGAGCGGAGCCACCUUAAAGAAAGCAGCCCCUCUGAUGUCAGCGUCAGAGGCUCCGACUCCGCCGCCGGUUCCGAGCGUCGCCGCUCCGCCGCUUCAAGUCUUCAUCUGCUGCCGCUCCGCUCACUUUCUCCAGCUCACGUCUCGGCCGCGUUCACGGGAGUAGCUCGUUUCGGCCGCUCCGCCGGCUCGUCCGUCUGAGCCGAAUCUUCGCCCCAGGGGGUAGAAAGCUGCGGGGCGGCCCUCGUGGCCGGGAUGCCACUGCGUGCCGUGCCAGUCCACGGGGGACAGUGAGGGGCCGGAGGAGGGGACCGAGUGCCGGAGACUGCGAGGGGGCGUCCCGCACCCACCGGGGGACAUGAACCUGUGCUGGAACGAGAUCAAACGCAAGUCGCACAACAUCCGGGUGCGGCUAGAGGCCUUCUCCGACAACAGCGGGAAGCUCCAGCUCUCCCUGCAGGAGAUCAUAGAAUGGCUGACGGCCAAGGACGAGGAGCUGUCGGAGCAGCUGCCCAUCGGAGGCGACGUGGGAGCCGUGCAGCACCAGAGAGAGUUUCACCAGGCCUUCAUGGAAGAUGUCAAGUCUCGGGGGCCAUUCAUCUACUCGGUGCUGGAGUCCGCCCAGGCCUUUCUGGCUCAGCAUCCCUUCCAGGAGCCUGAGGAGACCCUGACCGAUGGAAAAGAGGUGUCUCCGCGCCGGCGGAUCCUGAACGUAAGCCGCUCGGUGUGGAAGCAGGCGAACGUGGCCAGCGACCUGUGGGAGAAGCUGACGGCGCGCUGCGUGGACCGUCACAGACACAUGGAGAGGACGCUGGAGCGCCUGCUCCAGAUCCAGGCGGCGAUGGAGGAGCUGGCCGUGGCCCUGGAGCAGGCGGAGGGCGUGCGGGACGCCUGGGAGCCGGUGGGAGACCUGUUCAUCGACUCGCUGCAGGACCACAUCGACGCCACCAAGUUAUUUAAGGAGGAACUGACCCAGGUUAAGGAGGGCAUGAAGCACAUCAACGAUCUGGCUCACCAGCUGGCUAUCUCCGAUGUCCAUUUGUCGAUGGAGAAUGCCCGCGCCCUGGAGCAUCUCAACAGCAGAUGGAAAGUGCUUCAGGGCUCCAUAGAGGAGCGGCUGAAGCAGCUCCAGGACGCGCACAGAGACUUUGGACCCGGAUCGCAGCACUUCCUUUCCAGUUCGGUGCAGAUACCGUGGGAGCGCGCCAUCUCGCCUAACAAAGUGCCCUACUACAUCAACCAUCAGGCCCAGACGACGUGCUGGGACCAUCCAAAGAUGACAGAACUGUACCAAGCGCUGGCCGAUCUGAACAACAUCAAGUUCUCGGCGUACAGGACGGCUAUGAAGCUGCGGCGCGUCCAGAAGGCGCUGAGACUGGACCUGGUGGCGCUGAGCAGCCUCGGGGACGUGUUCCGGGAGCAGGAGCUGCAGCAGGGGGAGCACGUGAUGGACGUGGUGGAGGUGAUCCACGGCCUCACGGCGCUCUACGAGCGCCUGGAGGAGGAGAGGUCCGUCCUGGUCAACAUCCCGCUCUGCGUCGACAUGUGUCUCAACUGGCUGCUCAACGUCUACGACAGCGCUCGGAAUGGCAAGAUGCGCGUUCUGAGCUUCAAGAUGGGGCUGGUGAGCCUGUGCAACGCCGACGUCCAGGAGAAGUACAAAUACUUAUUCCGUCAAGUCUCCGGUUCCGGGGGGCUGACGGACCAGCGCCACCUCAGCCUGCUGCUGCACGAAGCCAUCCAGAUCCCUCGCCAGCUGGGGGAAGUGGCAGCGUUCGGCGGCAGCAACGUGGAGCCGAGCGUCCGGAGCUGCUUCCGCAUGGCCCCGGGCAAACCUGCCAUUGAGGUGUCUCACUUCCUGGAGUGGAUGAGCCUCGAGCCGCAGUCGAUGGUUUGGCUGCCUGUGCUCCAUCGGGUGGCUGCUGCCGAAUCCACCAAGCACCAGGCCAAAUGCUACGUUUGCAAACAGUGUCCCAUCAAGGGCUUUAGGUAUCGCAGUCUGAAGCAGUUCAACGUGGACAUCUGCCAGACGUGUUUCCUGACCGGCCACAGCACCAAGGGAAAGAAGCUCCACUACCCCAUCAUGGAGUACUACACCCCAACAACCUCAGGAGAGAAGAUGAGGGACUUCGCCAAGACUCUGAAGAACAAGUUCCGAUCAAAGCAGUACUUCACCAAGCACCCGCAGCGAGGUUACCUGCCCGUCCAAUCUGUGCUGGAAGCCGAGAGCCUGGAGACGCCGUGCUCCUCGCCCAAGCUGCCCCACGCGGACACGCACAGCAGGAUCGAGCACUACGCCAGCAGACUGGCAGAAAUGGAGAGCCAGAAUUGUUCAUUCUUCACGGACAGCCUGUCUCCUGAUGAAAGUCUGGAUGAAGAUCAGUACCUCCUGCGUCACUCCAGCCCAGCCCUGGACCACGACUCCCCCUGCGGACAGCACCUGCUGCUGGCUCACCUGGAGCACCAGGACAAGGAGGAGCUCCAGCGCACCCUGGCCCGCCUGGAGAACGAAAACCGGGUGCUGCAGGGCGAGUACCGGCGGCUCAAGUGGAAGCAUGAAGAGGCGGUGUCGGUUCCGAUGCUGACCGAGGCCGGGGAGUGCGGCCGGGGUUCACCCACCGCGGGGGGGCAGCAGGACGAGGAGCUCCUGGCCGAGGCCAGGGUCCUCCGGCAGCACAAGACCCGCCUGGAAACGCGGAUGCAGAUCCUGGAGGACCACAACAAACAGCUGGAGUCGCAGCUGCGCAGGCUCAGGGAGCUACUGCUACAGCCCAAAGAUGAUUCGGAGGCCAACGGAUCGGAACCGUCCACCCUGUCUUCGCCGGUGUCUGGAGGGUGUCACCACGGGGAACCAGCCAGCAGAGAGACCACGGACACGGAGGCAGCGGGAGACGAUAUGGAGCACGAGCACGACACGGUGCUGCAGCUGCAGGAGGUCAUCGAGCAGCUGAGAAACGUCUUCCCUUCAGAACCAGGCACCACCUCACACAUCUAACAGCGUGGACGGCGGAGCGCAGCGCGGCUGAGAUCAGGCGGCGUGUGGCCCCCGGGCCCCGUGACCGCUGCAGUAGCGACGACGCCCAGAGCGAACCCUCCACCGGAGCCUCACGCACUAAAAGCAUUCCCUCCACGCAAACCGGCGGAGGCCUCACGCCGACGUCGGUUCAACCGGGCCAAAGGAAGCUAACGCUAGCAGCAGGUCAGGGAGGGAGAGAGAGAGAGAGACGGAGAGCGAGAGAGAGAGAGAGAGAGAAAGCGAGAGAGAGAGAGAGAGAGAGAGAAAGAGAGAGACAGAGACAGAGAGAGAGAGAGAGAAAGAGAGAGAGAGAGAGACUACGAGUGAAGGAACGAACGCGCUCAGCCAAGACACUGUGCUCACCAGUAUCUGUGUAGUUGUCCGGAGGUGUGAAGCUUUACCGUUCAGUCCACUGCACAAAUUGGACCUUCCAUGAACCGGACCUGAAGAAAAGAGGAUCACGAUGGAGUCGCGUGUUGUCAGAACGCCUGCGUCGUCGGUGUGUUUCAUUCCCCUUCCUGUUCAGUGAUGGGGGGGAGGAGGGGGGGGGGGGGGGGGGGCGGUGCUGCAGUCUGCUGGCGUGAACCGGAUCGGUGCCGAGUCCAGCGCGCACUGCCAGGGAGUCGACAGCACCCACAACGGGCUUAUUUGCUUUGUGAGAAUGACACAUCAUGAGUUAAAUCUGUGAUUCAAGGCUGACGAAGUGCCCGCGAGCGCAGCGCCUCUGCACACGCACACACUGUUCCGCUAAUCCUCCCAAACUGCUUGUUGCUGUCAUCGCCUGCCUCCUCUAAGCGAGCCCUGUUACUGUAUGCUCACACACACACACACACACACACACACACACACACACACACACACACACACACACUGAUGCUGCUACAUCCAUAUCCCCUAUUUAUAAUGCACCCUCCCUUCAUUGUGCACAAAUACACAAAUGGCUCCCUGCUUGAUCAAUAACACGGGCCGCGCCGCCUCACUACAGACGCUUUCAUAAAAACGGAGAUCCAUUUCAUCUCCGCGGCUCAUGGCAUUCAGACGAGCUCCCGCUUCGGAGUCACUUCGCGCCGCGGAGGAAAAUUGAGUUUUGCUGAAGGAGCGUCUGCCGAUAAAUAUCGGCGCGCCGGCGUCCGGGCUGCGGCUCCUCAGCGUUCCCCCGCUGCGUGCAGAGGGGGGGAGCGGCGCCGGGCACCAGCGCUGCCGGGCCGAGGCUCGGUCUCUCCCGUCACGGCCCAUUCCAGACCCCCCCCCCACACACACACACACACACGUCAUCCCCAAUAAUCACUCGUCUCCGCGUGGAUCUGCAAGGAGCACUGGCUGUUGACUAAAUAGGCCUCAUUUUCCAUUGCCAGAGCUCAGUGAGAUGCUUCAGGGUUACAGGGACAGAUGAGCGGCUGAGCCUCAUCCGGGUCACACAGCUCAUUCUGAUACACAGCACAGUCAACGAAUGCCUUAAAACCAAACUGAAUCGGUACAAACCGGAGCGUGUGUGCGUUAGUGUGUUUACCGGUGUCUGGUGGGAGAAACGAUGCUGCUUGAAGCGGCCAUAUGUUGAGGGGGCCAGACGAGAAGAUAAAAAAAUAAAAAAAAACUUUGAUGUGCCUGCCACAGCGAGGACACGAGCAGCAACGCGGCUGUUUGGAGCGAAAAGCGUCUGCAGAUCUGCGUUGUCUCAGCAAUCACGCCGCCGCAUCCUCACCGAGAAUCACGCCGUGAACCUUAAAGCAACGGUCGGACCUCGUUCGCAGCGUUCGGCGCUGCUGCAUCCGACACUCAUCCCCCCCCUCAGCCCCUGCCGCUGCUUCGUCAUGAUGCUGUUGCUAGGGAACGGUCUCCGGGGACGCGGCCCCGCGGGUUUGCGAGAGGCAAAAGGUGAUCCGCUCCUCAUCAAACAGACUCUAAAAGCCUUAAGGAAAGCAAGACAGCGCCUUGUUUCCCCAACAACCCCCCCCCCCCCCUUUCUUUACAUCCACCUCCACUGAAGCGUUCCACUGUUGAACACCUGUUGAAUCCAUCUCUUCUUCAGCAUCACUUAAGAGUCUGUAUUGUUAACGCUCUCACAAGUCGGAGCAGAGCAGCAGCUCAGAUUGUGGGAGGAAAAUAUGAAAAACAGAAAAAAGACCACGAUGAGAUACUGUAUGUUUAUUUAUUGGUACUCUCACAUCCCAUCACGCAUUGAUCAGCGCCCUCACAGUCCCGUCUCUCUACGAUGCAUCAGCGAUGCCGUGUGACAGAAGAACGGGAGGCUUCUCCCCGUAGCGAUGCUCAUUGUCGGAGGAGGCGAACUGAAACAAAUGCACUCGGCGGCGGCGCGACGGACUCGCUGCAUGGAGUUCAUCCCAGCAUCGGAGGACCGGCUCCCCGGCGCCACACACACCCUGCUCCCCGUGGCUGAAGGAGGCGGGAGUGACCCCACGGGCGCUUCGUUGCUGCAUGUAGCCGCUGAGCUCAGUGCCCCGGCAUCGUCGCGCUCCCGCGUUUGCGACGAACCCUCCUCCUCCUCCGCGUUUUCGAUGUAAUGCAUCUGAGCUUGUAAUGUGUGCCACAUGACAUCAUAGGGCGAUGAAUCACCUAACCUCAAGGCGUUGACACUAAGACAUAUAUACACACUCAUACCUUACUGUUUUUUUUUUAUCACCAUUAAUACCUCAUUAAUCUCGGUUUGGAGUUCAUGUUACCGUCCGGCACUCAAACACGUCUUGCUGACUUUUCUCUGGAGUUUUUAAUCUGUAAAAAAACGAAGUUUUCUGAUGAAAGGCUUUUUACUGUAACAACAAGUGGGCUACUGGCUGCUUUCUACUCUUUGUGUACAGAAAUAAAACAACUUUGUAUUUGGCAAA